AUGUCCAGCUUCUCCCUCUUCGGUAUCGGCGGCAACAACCCCAAUGCAAAGGACAGCGCCGUCGUGAACGCCAAAACGGGCGAGACGGCGCCGGCCCUGCCACGCUGGGAGCGCAACAACAGUUUCUGGGACUAUGCUGCGCCGAAGCGGAUCGUACAGGAGACGGGCACGCAGUACGGCCGCAUCUGCCCUCAGUGUGGCGAACCGUCCGUCGUCGGGGCACACGAGAUGCGCGUCUUCUCCCUCCUUUACGUCAUCCCGAUCAUGCCUAUGGGCUCGCGCAACAUCUGGGGCUGCGGCCGCUGUGGCUGGCGCCAGGAGCGCGGAAAGGGCGCCGACCCCGCCAAGCAGGACGUGCCGGACGGCGUGGCGCCUGUGCUCCUCGAGGCCAGUGUGGCGAAGCGCGCUGCAGAGGUCAUCGCGGGCAAGGAUUAG